AUGGCCUCUAAGUUUGUUGUCCUCGCUUUAUUGGUAGCUGCCGCCCAAGGCAGUGCCGUCCAUGGAGGUGACUACUCCAGCUUCUCCUAUGGAGUAGCGGACCCCCACACCGGUGACGUCAAGAGCCAGCACGAGACCCGCCACGGUGACAACGUGGUCGGCCAGUACUCUCUCCUGGAAUCUGAUGGCACCCGCCGGACAGUAGACUACGCUGCUGACGCCCACAACGGUUUCAACGCUGUUGUACGCAAAGACCCAGCUCUGGUAGCCCACACUCCAGCUGUUGUCGCCGCUCCCGUCGCAUACUCCGCCUCUCCUCUCGCGUACGGAGCUCAUGCUCGCGUCGCUUACGCUGCCCCCGCCUACGCCGCAUCCGCCUACGCCGCUCCCGCUUACUCAGCUCACCCAUCUCCCCUUGCCUACAACUCAUACGCCGCUCCAGUCGCCGUCAGCACCUAUGCUGCCGCUCCAGUCGCUGUCAACGCCUACGCUGCCUCUCCUCUCGCCCAUGGAGCCGUCUCUUACGGUUCUCCCUUGGGUUACGGUUACGGCGCUCAUGGACUCAGCCAAGCCCGUUUGGCCUGGUAA